UCCGCAUCCGGCCCUUCGGGAAGUGACGCGCCGAGCGCGGCUGGCGCGGGCAAUGGCAGCGACCGCGGAGCUCCACGUGGGGGGGGCGGCUUGAGCGGCACCGGGACACGGGGGAACCGGGGAGGGAGCGGGGGCAGCGGCCGAUGCGGAUCGGAGGCAGUCGGGGACGGGCAGGAUGGCGGCGGUGCCCCUGCGGCCCUGCAGAGCCUCCAGCCGCCUCCUGCCGUUGCUGUCCUGCGGGACGAGGAGCAAGGGAGCCUCCCUGAGCCCCGGCGUGCCGGGCCGCCUCACCCAGCGGCGCUACAAGAAGGACGUGCUGCCUUCGCCCGAGGGGCCCGUGCCCGCCGUCACCAUCACCGAGAUCCGGCAGUACCUGCGCGCCCAGGGCAUCCCUUUCCGCGACGGGUACAGCUGCCUGCACACCCCCAGCCUCUUCACCGCCGGCCCGGAGGACCAGCCGCCUGCCGCCAGCGCCCCUUACACGCUUUUCAUUGACAAGACCACCGGCAGCUUCCUGUGCACGGCCACCCUGGCCGAGGGCACCUGGCAGGACUUCCAGGCCAACGUGGAGCUGCAGCACCGGUGCCCCCCCCCCGACAGCUCAGAGGAGGCAGAGGAGCACAUGCGGCGGGUUCGUGAGGAUGCCCGCCGCAUCUGGGAGCGGGCACAGCCGCUCUGUGAUCUGUUGGAUAAGGAUGAGACCAAGGAGACCAAGGCCAUGUUCGGUAUCAGCCAGGUGACGGAUGCCACCCUGAAACGCUUUGGGGUACGUUAUCUGAGGACUGCUAAGUCUCUUGUCUUCCCCUGGUUUAGUCCCCGUGAUGCCGUCCUAAAGGGCCUGAAGCUUCUGAGGGUGGAGAAGAAGGGGGAUACAAUAGUUUAUGUGGAAGAGACUUUACCCCGCUUUGAUUCCUAUCGCAAUCUGUUUGGUCUGCCCCUCAUCAGCCCCCGACACACAGAGCUGGUGUUAACGGGGUGGGAGCUGGAUGCCCUGGCCCUGCACCAAGCCACAGGGGUGGCCAGCCUGGCCCUGCCACGGGGGUCCACCUCCCUGCCCCCCGCCCUCCUCCCCUACCUCGAGCAGUUCAAGCGCAUCACACUGUGGCUGGGUGAGGACCUGCGCUCCUGGCAAGCCGCCAAGCUGUUUGCCCGCAAGCUGAGCCUCAAGCGCUGCUCCUUGGUGAGCCCCGGCAACCUGCAGCCCCGGCCCCUGGAGGCUCUGAACCAGGGCCUGAACCUCACCAAGAUCCUGCGUGCCGCCCUGCCCGCCAGCCACAAAUCCAUCGUGUCCUUCCGGCAGCUGCGUGAGGAGGUGUUUGGGGAGCUGGUCAACAGCGAGCAGGUGGCUGGCGUCAAGUGGGUGCGCUUCCCCGAGCUCAACAAGCUCCUCAAAGGGCACCGCAGAGGGGAGCUCACUAUCUUCACAGGCCCGACGGGCAGCGGGAAGACAACCUUUAUCAGUGAGUACGCGCUGGACCUGUGCAUGCAGGGGGUGUGCACGCUGUGGGGCAGCUUUGAGAUCAACAACAUCCGCCUGGCCAAGAUCAUGCUGACACAGUUUGCCACCCAGCGCCUGGAUGACAAGCUGGAGCUGUAUGAUGAGUGGGCCGAUCGCUUUGAGGACCUCCCGCUCUACUUCAUGACUUUCCAUGGCCAACAGAACAUCAAGGCUGUGGUUGACACCAUGCAACACGCUGUCUACAUGUAUGACAUCACUCACGUGGUCGUCGACAACCUCCAGUUCAUGAUGGGAUAUGAGCACCUCUCUGUGGACAGGCUCGCUGCACAGGACUACAUCGUUGGUGCCUUCCGCAAGUUUGCCACGGACAAUAACUGUCACAUCACACUGGUCAUCCAUCCCCGCAAGGAGGAUGAUGAGAAAGAGCUGCAGACAGCUUCCAUCUUUGGCUCUGCCAAGGCCAGCCAGGAGGCCGACAACGUCCUCAUCCUGCAGGACCGUAAACUGGCAUCAGGGCCAGGGAAGCGCUACCUGCAGGUGUCCAAGAACCGCUUCGAUGGGGAUGUGGGUGUCUUCCCCCUGGAGUUCAACAAGACCUCGCUCACCUUCAGCAAAAACAAGGCCAAGAUGAAGAAGAUGAAGGAGGAGAAGGCGCCUCUAGCUGUGGAGGUGCCUUCAGCUGUGAAGGCGCCUUCAGCUGCAAAGGUGCCUUCAGCUGCAAAGGUGCCUUCAGCUGUGAAGGCAUCUUCAGCUGCAAAGGCACCUUCAGCCAAGAAAGCUCCAGAGGGAAGCUCAGGAGCCUCUAAGAAGCUGUGAGCCCAUCAGGUCUCUUCCUCAGCCUGUCAGAAGGAACAAGGACUGGUGCUAGGAGCAUGGGGCUGGGGUACACCAGCCCCCCUCCCAAGGGAACAGCAGCCACACACUGCUGUGGCCCUUUAUCCUGCAAACAAGCCUGUUGGCCACCACCAUGGUUUCUGUGAGACAUGGAGCCACCAAGAAAGGUUGGGCUCAUACCAGAGAAGAGCAGCCAGGCAAGGGUGCUUUGGCAAAUGUUGGCUGUGCUGUACUGGUGCUGAGUGUUGGGAGCAUGGUGGGGAGUGCAGGCAGCAUGGGUCGUGUGGAGGGGGGAUCUCCAUACCUGGAACAGGUCGUUAAAUCGUGGCUAUAAUGGAGCUGAAAUCAUGGACUGUCACUGUCUGGGGGGACUGUGCAGGGGGUUUGCAGAUGGACACAUGGCUGCGUCCUCUGUCACAGAUAGGGGUCUCUGGGAUGGAUCCUGGCUGGGUUGGAGCCAGCAAGAGGAAGGUGAUAGAUGGAAGUGUGGGAGGUUGUGAAUAGCUGUUGCUGUCCAUGGGAUGGGGUGGGAGCUGGACCCCCCGAGUAUCACUCCUGAUGGGUGGCAUGCAUUGCUGAGAGCUCUGUCCACAACCCAGCUCCUUUUUGCUCAGAGUCUCCACCAGUUCCUUUUUCCAGGGACAUCACCAGCAGUAAAACCUCGGGGGAGCAGCCCUGCCUCACUCUGCUGGGCUAGAGGGUGGCCAUCCCCAUGCCUUUGGGCUCUGUGCAGCAAAUACUGUGACCUACCUAUGGUAGGACAAGUCCACGGCCAGAUCUUGGUCUAAUCCUUUUGGGUUAUUUCUCUUUCUAGUUUUAAUAAAGCAUAAAGGUGA